UCCGCCCCCGAUGAGGCCCUCUUCUCCCCUUAUACUCGCUCCUCGCCUCUCACUCCUCGCUUCCACCGCUCAUCCUCAUCCUCAUUAUCUCUCUCUCCCCCUCAAUGUCACCGGCAAUGGAAGCCAAAGCGCAACCACAAGAGGAAGCAGCCGCUACACUCAACGACGACUUCUCCAACGAUACAGUUGCUCACAAAUCCAGAGUCACCGUUGUGGGUAGCGGUAACUGGGGCAGUGUUGCUGCCAAGCUCAUUGCCUCCAACACCCUUAGGCUCGGGACUUUCCAUGAUGAGGUGAGGAUGUGGGUGUAUGAGGAAACAUUAUCAAGUGGUGAGAAGCUCACAGAUGUCAUCAACAGCGUUAAUGAAAAUGUGAAGUAUCUCCCUGGUAUUAAGCUUGGAAAAAAUGUUGUUGCAGACCCCGACCUUGAGAAUGCAGUGAAGGAUGCAAACAUGUUGGUUUUCGUGACCCCACAUCAAUUCAUGGAGGGAAUAUGUAAGAAACUUGUAGGGAAAAUAAAGGGAGAUGUGGAGGCUAUUUCCCUCAUCAAAGGAAUGGAAGUCAAGAUGGAAGGCCCAUGCAUGAUCUCUUCUCUCAUUUCCCAGCAAUUGGGGAUUAAUUGUUGUGUCCUGAUGGGGGCCAACAUUGCCAACGAGAUUGCCGUGGAGAAGUUUAGCGAAGCAACGGUUGGAUAUAGAGAGAACAGUCAGAUUGCAGAGAAAUGGGUUCAACUGUUUAGUACUCCCUGCUUCCUGGUCACGGCUGUCCAAGAUGUGGAAGGAGUGGAACUUUGUGGCACCCUGAAAAAUGUUGUGGCCUUAGCAGCAGGUUUUGUGGAUGGCUUGGAGAUGGGGAAUAACACAAAGGCCGCAAUCAUGAGAAUAGGUCUGAGAGAGAUGAAGGCAUUUUCCAAGCUUCUAUUUUCAUCUGUCAAGGAUACCACCUUCUUUGAGAGCUGUGGUGUAGCUGACCUGAUUACAACAUGCUUGGGAGGAAGAAACAGAAAAGUUGCAGAAGCUUUUGCCAAGAAUGGAGGGAAAAGAUCAUUUGAUGAGCUUGAAGCAGAGAUGCUACAGGGUCAGAAAUUACAGGGCGUCUCAACGGCAAGAGAGGUUUAUGAGGUUUUAAGCUACCAUGGAUGGCUAGAUUUGUUUCCACUUUUUGCAACAGUCCAUGAGAUCUGCAUUUUUCAUCUUCCACCAUCAGCCAUUGUCGAACAUAGUGAGCGCACACCAAGAUUUUCUCUGUUAGAUGGCUCUGCCGCCCAAUACUGUUGACAAUUCCCUGGAUUCAACAAAUAGAAUUUUCAGCAGAAGUUUUCUCCAGUCAUGCAUCAAGCACGAAAGGAUUGCGGGUUGAGUUGCAGCAUGUCGGGGGAACUUCAUGCUGUUUCCAUUGAAGAUGAACGGAAUUAAGACUCUCUUGAAGUUCCUAUUAUGUACCGUUUUUUUUUUUUUUUUCUUCCACUUUAUCUGUUACACUUGUUCCCAUUUUUGUCUGCAUGUCGGCUAAAUUAUUUAAUGUAUCAGAAUUAU